UACUACUCUGACCCUGUAACGCUGCUGCUAAAUCUCUGCAGCCUUGAUGGGCUAUAUAAGGAAAUAAUUACUCAACCCUCAGCUCAGACAUACACACGCUUUUAACCCUAUAGACAUUUUUUUUUUGGGUAGGAUUUAACCCUAUAGACAUAUCCAUUACAAAGGUAUCAUAAACUCACCCCAUACUUCCCUAUUCAAUGUAAUACCUGAGAUUUUUUUUUUAUUUAUCAAUUCUGUUUUUUAGUUGAGAAAACAUUUAAUAUUUUUACAUACUUUGAAUUCGAUUCAUUUCUUCGACAUGCAUUAAGAUUUGGUCCAUCAUCAUCACUUGAACCCAACUCUUUCUUUCUUUGUUUUAGCUCUCUUUUUUUUUUUCAUACACGUGACCGUUAAAGAUUCCAUUUUGUUGCAAAGUUCUUUUCUUUACUUCUGGCUUGUAAUAAAUUCGAGUGUGUCUUCUUAAUAUAUUUUUUUUCAGUAUUUUGGAGACGAGCUAGUGAUGAGAAGAAAACACAUAUUGUUUGUUUUUUAGCUUUUAUAUAGAAUUGCAUAAUGCUCUCUAAAUAUUUAUAUGAUUAUUAUCCAAUAUUUAAAUGUCAGAAACUUCGGCUUGCCGGAGGAAUAAUAUAAAUAUUCUUUGAAACUUUUGAUUUAUGUGUUGUGUGUGUGACGAGGAGAUGGGGUCUUUUACUUGGGUAUUGCUGCACAACAAAGCAUUUACACACUCAGUUUGGCUUCUCUAUUCAGACCACUUUCUAUAUAAUUAUAUAUUUCUUUUCUUUUUUUAAAAUAUCAUCGCUUGUCUCUAUCAUGAUCAUAUAUCAUCAGAUAGAUAUUAUUAUUAUUAUUCGAAAGACUAUAAUUUGAUCUAUUCAGGUGCCUCGACAAUCGUUUGAGAUUGUUUUUUUUUUCUUUUCUUUUCUUUCUCUGUGGUCCUCUCCUCUCUGAUCCCCAGGGGUGUUCAAAAGGCAGAGAGCAUAAAAAAGAGUGCAAAGAUGUUUACUUGCAUAAAUUGUACGAAAAUGGCAGACAGAGGUGAGGAUGAAGAAGACGAAGCGCGUGGGAGCACCACUCCCAACACUAAAGAAGCCGUUAAAAGCCUAACUACACAGAUUAAAGAUAUGGCGUCGAAAUUCUCCGGUGCUCAUAAACCAAGCAAGCCAACUCCGGGCUCCUCGAGUAGCAACUUGAGGAAAGAGCAGAGAAAGUUUCCGGAUUUUGACACUGCAUCAGAAAGUGUUCCAUACCCUUAUCCGGGUGGAAGCACUAGCUCCACUCCGGCUUGGGACUUACCAAGAUCCUCCUACCAUCAAUCUGGACGGCCAUUCACAUCAAUGUAUGGUGGUGAACGUGAAUCCAUCUCUGCUCAGUCUUGUGAUGUUGUACUAGAAGAUGAUGAGCCAAAGGAGUGGAUGGCUCAAGUAGAGCCAGGUGUUCAUAUCACAUUCGUCUCACUUCCCAGUGGAGGGAAUGAUCUCAAGCGGAUACGUUUCAGCCGGGAGGUAUUCGACAAGUGGCAGGCUCAGAGAUGGUGGGGUGAGAACUAUGACAGAAUAGUUGAGCUUUACAAUGUUCAAAGAUUUAACCGACAAGCCCUUCAAACCCCUGGUAGAUCCGAAGACCAGUCGCAGAGAGAUUCAACUUACACAAGGAUAGACUCAGCAAGAGAAAGCAGAGACUGGACACAAAGAGACAACAACUUCAGACCACCAGGAGGCAGUGUGCCACAUCACUUUUAUGGACCACCAAUGGACGCAGCACGAAUCACCACCUCAUCGAGGGACGAACCGCCUUCCAUGAGUAAUGCUAGUGAAAUGCAAGCUGAGUGGGUUGAAGAGGACGAGCCUGGCGUCUACAUUACCAUCAGACAGUUACCAGAUGGAACCAGAGAGUUACGCCGCGUCAGAUUCAGUCGGGAACGGUUUGGUGAAGUGCAUGCCAAGACAUGGUGGGAGCAAAACAGAGACAGGAUACAAACACAAUACCUCUAAGAGGAAAUCAAAAGAGACCAAUAUUUAAUCUUCUUUAACACAACAAAAAAGGUAUACACAAAAUUCAGAGUUAAUUUUGUUCAUCUUCUGAAAUUUGGAAGGAAAUCAGAGUGGAAACUGAAUCGACAAAUUGAGUUUUUUUAGAGAUUUGUAGUUCUAGCUGGUUCUCGGCGUUUUGAUAUAUAUAGCUAUGUAAUUUUCCUGACGAUGACAUGAGCUUUAUAUGUCUUUAUUUAUUUGUUCAUUUUAGCCCA